CCCCUCCUGCCCUCCCAGCUUCGUCGUCCGCGUCCCCCGCGCCCGAUCACUUUCUCUGCGUGAGCUGCCUGCUCUCAUCACCUGCAGUUCCCCAUUUCUUCGAUCUCUGCCCGUGCGCCGUGGUGUGUCACCUCCUCCAGCCAUGGACGACGACUACACUACCACCUCCGUGGAUGCCGACCGCGAGAUGACCAGACUCUGGCGCACAUGGAGGACGGUCUUUGAAAUGCUGCUGGACCGCGGCUACGAGGUGACGGAAGAGGAAGUGCAGAUGCCUCUUCACGUUUUCAAGCAGAAAUAUUCCGACCCUCUUGGAUACCCCGACCGCAACAAGAUGAAAGUCAGCGCCCGCCCCACGGAAGCCAUGCAGGCGAAAUACACUCCCUUGCCCAGCAAAUCGAACCCAUCCCCCCAGCCGGACUGCGGCACGAUCUACGUUGAAUUCUGCCCGGACGCGACCGGUGUCGGCACCAAGCAAGUGCGCACGUUCAACCACCUUGUCGAUGAGAACAACUACCACACCGGCGUGUUCAUCACCCAGACCCCCAUCUCACCGUCCGCUGUCCGUCUGCUCAGCAGCAUGCCCGGCCGCAUCUGCGAGCACUUCCAGGAGCAGGAUCUGCUCGUCAAUAUCACCCGCCACGAACUCGUCCCCAAGCACGUGCUUCUCAGCCCCGAUGAGAAGGCCCGUCUGUUGGAGCGCUACCGUCUGAAGGAGUCGCAGCUGCCCCGUAUACAGGUGUCGGAUCCCGUCGCGAGAUACCUCGGUCUGCGCCGUGGCCAGGUCGUGAAGAUCAUUCGGCGGAGUGAGACGGCCGGUCGCUAUGCCAGUUACCGGUGGGUUAUAUGAUCGCAACGCGGACAGGGUGAGAGUGAGGGUGAAAGCGAGGAUAUCGGGGUGGAGGUCUGGUGGUGUUGGUGUUGGCCUAAGGCGAAGACGAUUCGUUAUCAGGUCCGGUCUAUUGGUCCGUUCAAGCGGCCAAGAUCUGACCUAUCGAUCAGCCUUCACUAACACCGACAACACGAGAGCGCAGCAACGAGAUAACGAGAGAGAGAAAGUUGCGGCGCGGCAUGGCGCGAAAAGAAGGACAAGACGGGGCCGAGGCCGACUAAAAAGAGGAAAAAAGAAAACUUGUCCAAUUACAGGCAUCGGGCAGCAUGGCGUAAGGGCGAAAAAUCUCGAUGUGUUUCUAACGGCGG